ACCGUAACUAUGAGUUAGCAGUUUCCAAAUGGUUCCACGUGGGUCAGGAUUUCUGCAAUAUCCGGACUAAACAACACAUCCUCUGACAGAACUAAAGGAGACUGACUUCGAUAAUGUCUGUCGCUCGAACCCCGAAUCUUCAUUCUAGUAAACCUGUUAAUUUAAGUGACAUUUGGGACGAUCUUGAGAAAGGGAUUUUUCAUGUGUACAGCUGGCAGAGUAUGCAGAAGAAACGCUACAUGGAGUUGUAUACACAUGUGUAUAAUUAUUGCACUAGUAUUCAUCAACCUACCUCGAGUGCCAGUAUUGUGAAGCGACGAAAAACUCAAACUCCCAGUGGCGCUCAGUUUGUUGGGAUAGAGCUGUAUUCAAAAUUAAAAGAUUUUUUAACUAAUCAUUUAGAGACAAUUAAGCCGGCUGGAGAAGGCCUUAGUGGUGAGCAAGUUUUGAUAUUUUAUACUGAGGCUUGGGAAGGAUACCAAUUUUCCAGCAGAGUUCUUAAUGGGAUAUGUCAUUAUUUGAACAGACAUUGGGUCAAAAGAGAACAUGACGAAGGAAAGAAAGAUGUCCACGAAAUCUACUCUCUCUCACUGCUAUCUUGGAAGAAAUGUAUUUUCCAGUCUCUUUCUAAAGCUGUUACUAAUGCUGUAUUAGAACUUAUUGAAAGAGAAAGAAAUGGAGAAACUAUCAAUACUAGACUAAUAUCUGGUGUUGUGGACUGUUAUGUUGAGCUGGGCAUUAGACCUGAUUCCACUCAGUCCAAAGGUCAGCAGUUAGAUGUUUACAAGGAAUAUUUUGAAGCAGAAUUCCUUACCCACACUGAGCGUUAUUACAUAUCGGAAAGUGCUCAUUUUUUGGAAAAUAAUCCAGUCACAGAGUAUCUAAAAAAGGUUGAAACAAGGUUAUUAGAAGAACAAAAGCGCGUCCACACCUUCCUACAUGAAAGCACUCAAGAUGAGCUAGCAAGCAAGUGUGAGCAUGUGCUAAUAGAGAAGUACUUAGAGAUGUUUCAUUCUGUUUUCAAUUCUCUACUGUCUCAAGAAAAGAAUGAAGAUCUUGCACGCAUGUAUAUGCUUGUGUCACGUGUCUCUAAUGGUCUGGCUCAACUAAAGGAAUUAUUUGAGUUACAUGUUUAUUCACAAGGCAUGGCAUCUAUUGAGAAAUGUCGUGAUACAGCUCAAAAUGAUCCUAAAGUAUACGUGUCUGCAUUACUAAACACGCAUACAAAGUAUAGUAAUUUAGUUAAAGAAUCUUUUGCUGGUGACAGUGGUUUUAUGACUGCUCUUGACAAAGCUUGUGGCCGAUUUGUCAAUGUCAAUGCUGUUACAACUGCCUGUAAUAGCUCAUCGAAGUCUCCUGAACUUUUAGCUCGGCACUGUGAUGCUCUUUUGAAGAAAAGUGCUAAGAAUCCAGAUGAAGCUGAAUUAGAUGAAGCCUUACAAAAUGUGAUGAUCCUUUUCAGAUAUGUUGAAGAUAAGGAUGUUUUUCAGAAGUUUUAUUCGAAAAUGUUAGCCAAAAGAUUAGUUCAGCAAAUCUCUGCAUCUGAUGAUGCUGAAGCCAGCAUGAUUUCUAAAUUGAAACAAGCUUGUGGUUUUGAGUAUACAUCAAAGCUUCAAAGAAUGUUUCAAGAUAUGAGCUUGAGUAAAGACUUAAAUGAUAAAUUCAGACAGCACCUUUCUGCUGGUGACAGCGCAUUAGACUCUGUUGAUUUUUCAAUUAUGGUAUUAAGUAGUGGAGCUUGGCCUUUUACUCAAGGACCAUCUUUCUCAUUACCUCUCGAACUUCAAAGAAGUUAUUCUCGAUUCAUAACAUUUUAUACUUCUCAACAUAAUGGAAGAAAGCUUUCUUGGCUCUAUCAAUUAUCAAGGGGUGAACUGGUAACCUCAUGUUUUAAGAGUCGUUAUACUUUGCAGACGUCAACAUAUCAAAUGGCUGUGCUAUUGCAGUAUAACACAUCUGAAUCGCAUACUUUUGGCCAUUUACUAGAAUCUACUCAAUUAAAAGAAGACACUCUAGUACAAGUAGUGGCAAUGCUUUUGAAAGCAAAACUAUUGUCUUGUGAUGAUCAAAAUAUAACUACCGAAUCAGUCAUCAAUUUAUUUUUAGGAUAUAAAAAUAAGAAGCUUAGAGUUAAUAUAAAUGUGCCAGUGAAAUCUGAGCAAAAACAGGAACAUGAAAUUACACAUAAGAAUGUGGAAGAAGACAGGAAAUUGUUGAUACAGGCUGCUAUAGUUAGAAUUAUGAAAACAAGAAAAGAAUUAAAACACCAGCAAUUGUUAGCUGAAGUGUUACACCAGUUGUCAUCUCGUUUUAAACCUAAAGUUCCAGUAAUUAAAAAAUGUGUGGAUAUUUUGAUAGAGAAAGAAUAUUUAGAAAGAGUUGAUGGUCAAAAGGACACUUAUAGAUAUCUGGCAUAAUAAUUAUAAUUAUAAUGUGUUAUUAUACUAUUUUGACAAAGUAAAAAUUAGUAAUGAUGUUCUUAAAAGAAACUGAAGUCUUUGUAGUACCCCA